AUGGGAAGAUCACCUUGUUGUGAUAAAAAUGGUACAAAGAAAGGUCCUUGGACACCAGAGGAAGAUCACAAACUCAUUCAAUACAUUCAGAUACAUGGACCUGGCAACUGGCGAACCCUCCCAAAGUAUGCUGGGCUGCAAAGAUGUGGCAAGAGUUGUCGGCUUCGAUGGACAAACUACUUGAGACCUGAUAUAAGGAGAGGAAGGUUUUCGUUUGAAGAAGAAGAGACUAUUAUCCAAUUACACAGUGUUCUCGGCAACAAGUGGUCAGCCAUUGCUGCUCAAUUGCCCGGAAGGACUGACAAUGAAAUCAAGAAUUACUGGAAUACUCAUAUCAGAAAAAGACUCCUUAGAAUGGGUAUUGAUCCAGUGACUCAUAGUCCCUGCCUCGAUCUUUUGGACAUGUCAUCAAUCCUUAGCUCGGCUCAGCUCAAUCUUUCAAACUUUCUGCCGCUUCAAACACUAGUAAAUCCUGAACUCUUAAGGCUUGUCACCACUCUCUUGGCAUUAAAUCCUGAAAACCCAGAACUGCUUUUGCAAGAACUUCAAGAGAACCAAAAUUUUAAUACCCAAUUGCAAAAUCAAACUCAUUUGCCCGAACCCAAUAAUCUGUUCCAAACUCUGGAUCAAAAUCAAACUCAUGUGCUCGAACCCAAUCUAUUCCAAACUCCGAUUCAAAAUCAAAUGCAAUUCAUGCAAGGAAUGAGCAUGGGACAAUUUUCUUGCCAAAAUUCGCAAGAAAACUUAACUUCAAGUUUAAAUGAUCUAUCGGGUAACUCAAGAUUCCAACCAAUGAAGAACAACCAGAAUUUCACAUUUGAUUCAGUUAUGUCUACAUCUAUGUCGAGCCCAACGCCCUUGAAUUCAUCAUCCACAUUCAUCAACAGCAACACUAAUACUGAAGGUGAGAGAGAAAGCUACUGCAGCAGCAUGUUGAAGUUCGAAAUUCCUGAGAGUUUAGACUUUGUUAAUUUUAUGUAAAUAUUGUUUUUGCUUUGAGAGGACU